AAUGUCCAAUUUGCUACCUUGACUUAUGUGGAUACAUCCACAUACCAGAUAAUGGGCAAUCUGAAGAUUGUCACUACAGGAAUAUUAUUCAGUUGCUACUAUCGCUCUUUUCAUCGAGUAGCAUAUCUUGAGCAUCGAAACUAUUUUUUCAGAAAAUUGUCUGUUUUGGCUACCUGAUGUUGAUCUUGAUUUUCACAAAUCAGCAGAUAUUUCUUUCCUUUUUUUUUUUUUCUAUAGGCUGUUUCUGAGGAGAAAGCUUUCUAAUUUGCAGUGGAUGGCAAUUGUUCUAUUGGCUGUUGGAACAACCACAAGCCAGGGUUAUAUGUUGGGAAGUUUGUCUGCUUGUCUUUCCGCGUUAGCUGGCGUUUAUACAGAGUUCUUGAUGAAGAAGAAUAAUGACAGCUUAUACAUUUGGUGCAAUUUUCAACAUGACACGGCUUCUUGUAGAUGAUUUUAGAGGUGGAUUUGAAAAAGGACCAUGGUGGCAACGACUUUGUAUUGGAUAUAGUAUCACAACAUGGAUGGUGGUUUUGAAUCUGGGUUCCACAGGGCUUCUGGUUUCAUGGUUAAUGAAGUAUGCCGACAAUAUUGUGAACGAAUACUCCACAUCAAUGGCGAUGUUACUCACUACGGUAUUAUCAGUAUUCCCCUUCAGUUUCAGACCAACAUUGCAGCUUUUUUUGGGUAUCAUUAUCUGCAUGAUGUCGUUACACAUGUACUUUGUGCCUUCAAACAUGCUUGUAGAUUUGCCUUUGCCGGUGAAGGCGACUCCUGAGGAAGUCAUUGAAGUUUCUGUUGAUCGAAAAACAGAUUCCUGAUGUAUCAUCUUCAUCAAGUCCAACAAUUCUUUGGUAUGUCGACAUUGAAAGAUAAAUCAAUGACAGGUUCUUUUAUUCCAUGAAAGGUAUAAAAUUGUGUAUAAAACAACAGAAGACUAAAUCUAACAUGAUUGAGAAUAGAAAAUUUGUUUAAUCAUAAUGGAACUGGCUAUUUGCCCUUGUGAAACUUUUAAUUCG